AUGGAGCAGGAGGUCUGCCCCGCCAAGGCAGAGCCGACACUCUCCUUUACGCAGGGCUUCAUCCUCGGUCAGCUCUCUGUCGUAAUCAUUCUUGCUGCGUUCAUCAGGUUCUUCAUUUUUGGCGACCCUCCGUCUCCUGAAGCUACGGCUGCCGCCCGUGCCUCCGAGCGACGACAGCGCACCCUCUCCCACAAGAAAUCUAUCCUCAGUUUACGAGAGGCCCGCGAGAAGGUUCAGAAGCAACAACAACAGAAGCAACAACAACAACAGGAUAGCCAACAAAAACAGGAUGGGCUGCAGCCGGCACCGACUCUUGGCAAGAAGAAAUCGAGCAUCCUCCGUACAGGUCCCCCCAACCUAACAAUUGGCGCUAUUCUCGAGAAGACCUACUACAAAGUCGAUAGCCACCAGCCGGAGAGCCUCGACUGGUUCAACGUCCUGAUUGCGCAGACAAUUGCGCAGUUCCGCAGCGAUGCCCAGCACGACGAUGCCAUCUUAAGCUCACUGACGAAGGCGCUCAAUGGAGCCUCGCGGCCCGACUUCGUCGAUGAGAUUCGGGUGACGGAGCUUAGUCUGGGAGAGGACUUUCCCAUAUUCAGCAACUGCCGCAUCAUCCCAGUUGACGAGGAUGGGCUGAGCUUCGAGCCUCGGCGCGGGGGUUUUGAUGCUAGUUGGCUCACCCGGCCAGGUGCCCGGUUGCAGGCACGGAUGGACGUCGAUCUGAGCGACAUGAUUACGCUGGCGGUUGAGACGAAGCUGCUGCUCAAUUUCCCCAAGAAGCUGAGCGCAGUUUUACCGGUAGCGCUGGCUGUGUCUGUCGUACGGUUUAGUGGCACACUGUCCAUCUCUUUCAUCCCCAGCAAUCCAUCCGAGAACACGCCGACCAAGAUGACGUUCACUUUCCUUGAUGAUUACCGGCUCGACUUCUCGAUCCGCAGUUUGCUCGGCAGCAGGUCACGUCUACAGGACGUGCCAAAGAUCGCACAGCUGGUCGAGUCGCGGCUACAUCGAUGGUUCGACGAGCGCUGCGUGGAGCCGCGGUUCCAGGAGAUCGCGUUGCCCAGCAUGUGGCCGCGCAAGAAGAAUACGCGCGGCGGCGACGAAGCCAUCGCCGAGUCGAUUAGCAAAGCAAAGGGUAUGGAAAUAGCUAGGGAGUUGAGAGAAGAAGCUGCGAGGAGUAGUAGAGAGGUUGAGACUGAGGCGGAUGCGCGCACUGACAGGAUCCUCCACGAAUCGCUGAGAUAUCGACGACGACCGAGAGUUUCGAAUCUUUUUGAUGACGGGCCGCUUGCUGGACAGAUGCCAGGACCGAUGCCGGGGUCGAUGCCGGGAGUCGACUUGCCUUCGCCGUAG